UAAAGAGAUCUCGCCGAGUUGUCACCGCACGGAAAAAAGGUGUUGCGCGGUUGAGACGCCCCAAAAAAACGCGACUUUUUUUGAGGGUCGAUUCUUUGAAGACUUUGCAAUGGGGAAGGACAAGCAAAUGGCGGCCGAGAUCCGCAAGAAACUUGUGGUGGUGGGCGACGGCGCAUGCGGGAAAACGUGUCUCCUGAUCGUGUUCAGCAAAGACGAGUUCUUGGAGUUGUACGUCCCGACCGUUUUCGAAACUUACGUGGCGGACAUCGAGGUGGACUCCAAGAAGGUCCAACUGGCCCUGUGGGACACCGCGGGCCAGGAGGACUACGACCGGCUCCGCCCGCUCUCCUACCCGGACACGAACGUUAUUUUGAUGUGCUUCUCCGUGGACAGCCCGGACUCGCUGGAAAACAUCCCGGAGAAGUGGGUGCCCGAGGUGAAACACUUCUGCCCCAACGUGCCCAUCAUUCUGGUGGCCAACAAGAAGGAUCUACGCAACGACGAGAACGUCAAGAACGAGCUGUCCCGACUUAAGAUGGAGCCGGUGAGGCCCGAAGACGGCCGAGCCAUGGCCGCGCGCAUCGGCGCCCACGAUUAUUUGGAAUGCUCGGCCAAGACUAAAGAGGGGAUCUGGGAGGUGUUCGAGGCGGCGGCGAGGGCGGCUUUGAAAAAGCAAAGGUCCCCACCGCCGAAUAUUUUCAACCGGUGCGCUUUUCUGUGACUGGGUGGCUCCAAGGACUCGCCGAGACGUGUUGUUUAAGGCCUGUUGGGGCAGUGCCGCUCCCUGACAAAGUGUGGCCCAAAAAAAAAAAAAAAAAAGAGAGGAAGAGGA